AUGAAGAAUUUUCUUCCUUAUCAUUUGGGUUUGCAACAUAUUAAUCGUCAAACAGCUAUUGAAGAACAUCAAACAGCCAUUGAUACUAUUCUUCAUACUAAUAAAUUUAAUCAAUUAUGUGUUGUAGCUGAUGCAACUUAUCUUUUUAUACAAAAAUCUACUAACAAUCAACUUCAGAGAAAAUCUUACUCAAUGCACAAGCAUUGGAAUUUAGUUAAGCCUAUGAGUUUAACAACUGCAAUGAUUAGUUAUAUUAGAUUCUUUUUACAGGAUGGAUCUAUUUUAUGUGCACUUGAACCUUUCUUUUCGGAUUAUAAAAAUAGUGAUACAACUAUUCUUAAACAUUGCUUAUACAACAACGAACAAAAUAUCAUUAAUUGGCUUCAUAAGGACGAUGUAUUGAUAGUUGAUAGAGGUUUUCGUGACGUAAUACCAAAAAGUAAACAUUUUGGUUAUGUAGCUAUUAUGUCUUCGUUUUUAAACGAAAGAGAACAACUCAGUACUGAAGAAAACAAUUAUACUCGAUUAAUUAUGAAAGUUCGAUGGGUCAUUGAGAGUGAUGGACAAAUUAAACAAUGGAAAUACUUCAGUCAGACAAUUCAAACCUCAUCACUUCGUUUUAUCAGUAAUCAUCUUGAUAUUACUUGUGCCCUCAUAAAUGCUUUCCGUCCACGACCUGUGUCUGAUAUUCAUGCAGGUUCUGAAGUGGCUUAG